CAUUCACCCUUUCUUUAUAAACAAAACAAGAACCAUCACUAAUUCAGAGCUUUUAAGGGAACUUUCCCGCGAAAUGAUUGCAUUAGAAAAUAAAUAAAAGAACUGCUCCCAACGCAAACGGACAACAAUAAGACUAAACCAGAACCUAAAAUGACGUCCACAAGCAACGUUUUAAAUAUUGGAAGUGACACCGAAGAAUUAUAUUACAAAUUUCCGAAAACAAGCAACCCAAAGGCAUAUUUUGAAUUCGAGUUUGAGAACCACAUGCGAAAAUUACUGCUCAACGGCGAAAAACCCAAGGAGCUGGAUAAAAAUUCCAUCGAACGAUUUGAAGCCACUGAGAUAAUGAGAAAUGGCAAGCAGUACUACGAGUUCUUUCCUGGUAGAUGCGCAACUGGAGUAAUCAUAAGUGGGUGUUCAUUUCUACCCAAGGACAUGGUCUUCCGGGUGAAAAAGAAAAUCAACAAAGAACACUGGGUUAACGAUAAUGUGAUUCAGUACAAAAAGAAUUCAAUGUGUCACAUACAGGGUAUCGUUUCUGACUGCUUACAGGAAGAGUGCAAUGAUAUCUACCAAUAUUUGUCGUAUCUAAGAGAAAAUUCUAAUAAAAAGUAAAAUAAACAUUUAUGUAGUUAUUAAGUCAAUCGUAACACAUUCUAGUUAGUUUUAAGUACAGGAAGUGAGAACGGAGAUUCAU